AACCAAGUUCCAAAACACCAAAACGGAAACCAAAACCUCUUCGUUCCGUUAUCCACUGCGUUUCUCUAUCGCUCGCUCUCUGGGUUCGCUCUGUGUGGAGUAGAGUGGUAGACAACACAGAGAGAAAUGGGAUUCGUUGGUUUCUCGAGCCAUGCCGUAUCUCUGCAACUCUCAGCUGGUUUUCAUGGCCAAACGUUUCCAUCUCUAUCAAAGUCUGCUCCAUAUGCGGGUAUACCCCUCACUCUUUCAGCAGCCUCUUCCACUGGUACUACAUUCUCUGGACUGUCGCUCCUCGGUCCUCUACCGUCUCUCUCGCGCCCCGGGAAGCGACUCGUUGUUUUUGCGAGGAAGUUGUGGGGCUUAGAGGAGGCCAUGAGAAUCAGGAGAGAAAGAGAGGAGCUUGAGGCUACUACUACAAAGGUUAGAAAAAGGCAACCUUUGAGGCGUGGGAGGGUAUCCCCACGUCUUCCUGUGCCCGAUCACAUACCAAAACCACCUUAUGUAGGUACUUCUGCGGUGCCAGAAAUUUCCAGUGAACAUCAAAUUCAUGAUUCUGAAGGAAUUGCUCGCAUGAGAGCCGCAUGCCAGCUUGCUGCUCGCGUCUUGGACUAUGCUGGCACAUUGGUUCGGCCAUCAGUAACAACAAAUGAAAUUGACAAAGCCGUGCACCAGAUGAUUAUUGAUGCUGGUGCUUAUCCUUCACCUCUUGGCUAUGGGGGAUUUCCCAAGAGUGUCUGCACCUCUGUUAAUGAGUGCAUGUGCCAUGGAAUACCCGAUUCUCGCCAGCUACAGGAUGGAGACAUAAUAAACAUUGAUGUGACAGUUUACCUUAAUGGAUAUCAUGGAGACACAUCGAAGACAUUUUUCUGUGGGAAUGUUAGUGAAUCAGCUAAACGUCUGGUGAAGAUAACCGAAGAAUGCAUGGAAAGAGGCAUAGCAGUUUGCAAGGAUGGUGCUGCCUUUAGGAAAAUUGGGAAGAGAAUUAGUGAACAUGCUGAAAAAUAUGGUUAUGGUGUGGUAGAGCGUUUUGUUGGCCAUGGUGUGGGAACUGUAUUUCAUUCUGAACCAAUUAUUUUACACCAUCGCAAUGACAGAGGUGGUUGCAUGGUUGAAGGCCAAACAUUUACAAUUGAACCAAUUCUGACUAUUGGAACCACCGAGUGUAUAUCAUGGCCAGACAACUGGACUAUGCUGACUGCUGAUGGUAGCCUUGCCGCACAAUUUGAGCAUACAAUUUUGAUUACACGAAAUGGUGCUGAAAUUUUGACAAAAUGUUGAAAGUUGGUAAAAUUCUUUUUUGAACAAUAUUUUCUUUCUUGUUAUUGUACAUAUGAUGGGCCAAAAAAAAAAAGUCACACUUCAUUUUGGUUGUUAGAAAUUGUAUGUUAUCAUUAUUAGGAGGUAUAAUGAGUGCAUAAAUAUAAUUUUCUUUUGUUGUUA